UUAAUUGUAUUUUUUUCUUAAUCGCCUACCUUGUCUGAUCAAAUUGAAUAUACUGCUUCUAGCCUAUGGUUACAGGUUUAGUUUCGGUCUAUUUUGUUUUAGUAAUACCUAAAAUUCAUUCAAAAUUGACUGAAUAUUUCAAUAAAUAGAAUGCACUAGUUGGCGACGUUACAAGGUUAUUUGGGAUUAACAUAUAUAUUUCUUGUAACAGGAACCAUUUCCUUAAAUCUGUAAAAAUCACAGACCGAACAGUUAAAUUACAGAAAAUAGUUGGAUUCCAGAAAUAUAAAAGUAUAAUAAAAAAAGUAUUAUGACGGGUUAUAUAUCGUGCACCUGAUUGCAAAUAAGAUCGGAUAUUGAAUGCCUAGAAAAAGAUAUCACGUUUAAUUUACCAAAUAUUACAUACAAUACGUUUAUGUCGGCAGAUGUUACAUCUGAAAUGCUGGAAGAACUUGGAUAGCUGAAAAUUCCUGACAUUGUGUAUUUAGGUACCAUUGGUGCAAUGAUAGAUUAAUGCGGCAACAUUUUGACGUUUUGCAAAAAUGAAGUUUACAACCUUAGGUCAGCUGAUAGUUAUUUUCAAGACAGUUGGCAUAUUUAUAUUUUAAAGUCUCGAAAAAUUUAAGAGCAUCAAGUUUAUUAUUUCAACGUAAGAUAUUUCGUCGUAGCUGAAAUUACGUAAUUGACGUCAGCGUCAUAACGUCGCGGCUAACUGGGACAACGACGUCAAUAGAUAAAACAGAAACGCAAUGGUUAGCACGGAAAUCUUUCUAGAUAUGAUCAAGCUAAAUUCAAAGAAAAGAAAGCGUACAUCUAGCUGUGAAGCAGACGGCCUUCCUUCUGCAAAGCGUCCACGGAUGUUGUCCUGGGCAUCAAAAAGACUCGAGCAAAAGUCUUGGGAAUGGCACGAAAGAAGAAGGAAAAUUGCUCUAGGCAUAGUACUCUACUGGGAAGCUCAGAUGCGAGAUUUCCGCAGAAGGGCACGCAAGAGAGCAAGUAGUGAGAUGUAUGCCGACUACGAAGGCAUGGUGAAAUCUAAAUACAUGAAGCUGCUUCAAGAUAUACAAUCACAACCUUCAUUAUCAACAGUUUCGUCAACAGCAAUACAAGCAGUUCUAAAAGCAGCAGAAACAACAGCAAGGGUACAAGAAACUGCCAUAAAAGAGGUACCAGUGCCUGCACAGAAAAGAAGAUCGAUUAAACGGUUAUCGGACAAUGCUGAAGCAGAGGAAGCUUCCAAAGUCAAAGCCACUCUUGCUCCUCGCAGGAACGGAUGGCGUAGAAAAGGAGACAAGAGAAGCUGACUUGUUUAUACUAAGAAUCUGUAUUUUUUCAAAUAACAAUUAGUAACAGAACACUCUUCUCAAGGAAUCUAUUUCUUUUGUUUGUUUCCUUAUUUUUCCCUUAAAUGCAAUUUCCUUCAAUUUUCU